GAGAAAGAAAGAAAGAAAGAAAGAAAAAGAUAGAAAAAAACCGAAUAGAAUAGAAAGAGACCGAAAGAUAGAGGAAAUCUCUAGACCAACACACAAAUCAGAAACAUAGAGAGAAAGAGAGAGUGUGUGUGUUUGUAAAAUAAACGAAAAGAAAGGAUUAAAGUAAACGGCAAAGACGUCGUCGAAAAAAAGAAAAAUGCCGGAAACCGCGCACCACAUGAAUGGAUACGCGAACGGGCACACACCGCCCGAACUUCAGCAGGAUACUAGUUUUUUAUUCACCUCUGAGUCGGUUGGUGAAGGACAUCCAGAUAAAAUGUGUGACCAAAUAAGUGAUGCCAUUCUGGAUGCACAUUUGAAACAAGAUCCUGAUGCCAAAGUUGCCUGUGAAACAGUCACCAAAACAGGAAUGAUACUACUUUGCGGAGAGAUAACAUCUAAAGCGGUGGUAGAUUACCAAAAGAUUGUUCGUGAGACCGUUAAUCAUAUCGGUUAUGAUGACUCUUCGAAAGGAUUCGACUGGCGUACGUUGAACCUUUUGGUGGCACUAGAACAACAAUCUCCAAAUAUCGCUGAUGGUGUUCAUGUGGACAGGGAAGAGAUGGACUUGGGUGCUGGCGAUCAGGGCCUGAUGUUCGGCUAUGCAACAGAUGAAACUGACGAGUGUAUGCCAUUGACAGUUGUAUUAGCACACAAAUUAAAUCAAAAGAUAGCAGAGUUAAGACGAAGCGGAGAACUAUGGUGGGCAAGACCAGACUCUAAAACACAAGUCACAUGCGAAUACAUCAUGGAUCAUGGAGCUUGCGUCCCAAUAAGAGUUCACACAGUUGUCGUAUCCUUGCAACACAGUGAAAAAAUUGGCUUGGAUGAAUUACGUAAAGCUGUUAUGGAGAAAGUUAUAAAAGAAGUUAUUCCAGCAAGGUAUCUAGAUGAUAGAACAGUUUUCCAUGUCAAUCCUUGUGGACUUUUUAUUAUCGGUGGACCACAGAGCGACGCUGGUCUUACUGGUCGUAAAAUAAUUGUAGACACUUAUGGUGGAUGGGGAGCUCACGGAGGUGGAGCAUUUUCUGGGAAAGACUUCACUAAAGUUGAUAGAUCAGCUGCAUAUGCUGCAAGAUGGGUUGCUAAAUCUCUUGUUAAAGCAGGUCUUUGCAGACGCUGUCUUGUACAGGUUUCCUAUGCAAUCGGUGUAGCCGAACCCCUUUCUAUCACAGUCUUUGACUAUGGUACUUCAAAAUUAUCACAGAAUGAACUAUUAGGAAUAGUUAAUAAAAAUUUUGACUUACGACCAGGAAAAAUUGUUAAAGAGUUAAAUCUUCGUAAUCCUAUUUAUCAACAGACCAGUACGUACGGUCAUUUUGGUCGUGAUGGGUUUACAUGGGAACAACCAAAAAUUUUGAACCUCGAUUGAUGAGAGGAUGCAUACUAAAUCAUUAGACGUUACUCAUUUAGAGCGUCUUAAUAAUUAACUUGUCCUCUUUCCCUUACUCCGUGCCU